AUGGGGUGUGGGUUUCGGAAGGCACUGGUGCGCGACGACACGAAGAAGUACGAGCAGUCAAACGAUCCCGCGCCGGAACCGGAUUUGACGCGGACGAAAUUCGAGAAAGAUCCGGAGAUGUUCAAGAAUAAAGCGAUUGCGGCCUUUAUCGACUGGUUCGACAUCAACUUGCAAAAGAUGAAAAGUGUUUUGGUGAAAUAUGGAGCAACGGCGGAAGAUUUGGUAACGGAGCAAGUUUUGAUGAAAUAUGGACUGGCGAAUGAGGAAACAUUAAAAUCCGCAUUUGUCAAGGGGUUCUUGGCGGGAGUAAAAAGUGGGUUUGACAACAGAUGCACAAGCGGUCCACCCGCGUUAAUUCCGAGGGAGGAUUAG